UCCCCUCACCACCACUCCUCUUCUUGGAAACUUGUGUGCUGGCCUGUGUGUAUGAUUGUUUGACUUUUCAAAUCACUGUUGAUUGUUUUGAUUCCGUCCCAAAGUGUACCGAUGAACUUGGCGUGCUACAAUUCAAGCAGAACGUUCACCCUCUUCGUCGUAUACUCUAGUGAAAUUCGCUAUUAACCUAUAAGGAUUUAAAACCUCUCGCUGUUAUUAUUAAGUUGUUUGUGAAGUUCGUAGGGCUUGUCACUUCUAGGAUCUCGGUAUAGUGUGGCUCUCAAAUAUCGGAUUUUUGAUAAAUUAUUAAAUAAACAAUGGCGAACUACUUAGAGGAAUAUGCAGAAUACUUCAAGGACUUUCAGGAGUUUGUGGCAAAAUUGAAUUAUGAAGAUGACCUAUUGCCUUCAAACUUAAAGUGCCGGACAGGACAAGAGGAGUUGGUGGGCGAGUGCGUUGAAUGGACGCUUCGGUACUUAAGACUGACGAAAUGCCCACAGAGUCUCUUGUCCUUCCUCACUAAAACAGCACUUGAUCGAGUGAAAUUGAAGAAUGAUGAGUAUACACAAGAAGGUGUACUAGCCCCUAACAUGGUGGAAAUAGUUAAUGAAGUAUGUCUCCAGUACUGCGGAAAUGAUAAUCCUGCUCUCAGUACUUUACCUGCACCACCUUCUGUUCCUACCCCAAUAGUUUCUACCUGUGCAAUUAAGAAUUCUCGCCGCAGGAUGGAGAAUAGACACGCAAUUGUUGAAGAUCUGGAUGUUAUAUUUAAUAUAUCUACCUCUCGCCCUACAAACUACUAUGCUAUUUUUGAUGGGCACUCAGGAGUUGACGCUGCAACAUAUUGCUCAACUCAUAUGCAUUGCUUUAUUGCUCAAAGUCCGAAGUACCCUUCUGAUCCAGAAGGAGCUAUGAAAGAUGCUUUUGCUAGGACUGAAUCUUUGUUUACAGAAAAGUGCAAUCAAGAGAAUAUCAAUGGUGGAUGUACAGCUCUGUGUGUUUUGCAUCGCCCACUUGAUCGGCAAAUUUAUGCUGCAUGGGCUGGUGACUCCCAGGCUAUUGUUGUGAGUCAAAAUAAAAUUCUACGCCUAAUAAAUCCCCACAAACCUGAAAGAAAAGAUGAGCAGAAACGAAUUGAACAAGCGGGUGGAGUUGUGCUGUUCUAUGGUACAUGGAGAGUGAAUGGUCAGCUUGCAGUUUCACGUGCCAUUGGUGAUGUGAAGCACAAGCAGUUUGUCUCCGGUGUUCCAGAGAUAACUUCAGUCACACUUGAUGGAGAUGAAGAUUUUCUCGUCCUGGGUUGUGAUGGUCUAUGGGACUCCGUAAAAGAAAUAGAAGUUGCAUCCACUUUGUAUGAACAGCUUCAGAACGAGCCUGGUGAGUGAUUCAAGGUGACGGGAAUCAAGUUUUGUUCAAUAAUUAGAGCUGAGAAGCACUGUUCCUUCCGGUCAAUACAAUCUUGGGAAAUGUCUAAAAAGAACCCAGAAAAAAGAGCAUCACAUGCGAGUUACUAAAUACACAACUCCAUCUGAAGCUGCAAACGGGGCAGAAAGGAUGCAUCUGGUUAAUAUGACCUGUAUUUGUCAGAAUUGUUAUCAUAUUAUUUUGCAUCAUGCAUGACUAACAUUUUAAUAGUAAGUGUGCAAGCGUGUAUAGAACGUGUCAUUUUUAAUUUUUACUUUCCAACGGGCCAUGCCGUGUUCUGUAUGGGGGAGAAGAAUGCGAGCCCCGAGCUCCCCGCGCGACGCGGUGUAGUGCUGAGCGAA